UCACCCUGUCGCUGCUGGAGGAACACCUCAUUUCCAGGUCCUCCGCACAAGCCCGACUGUGAAAUGAACCAAGCAGGCACUGGCGUGACACUUCCUUCCUUUCCUCAUUGACGCUCCGGGCCCAGCGAUUGUUCCCCUGUUGCUCUGAUUGUGAACCAUCCUCCCCUUGCCAAAGCAAACAGCCUGGACUGGAGGAGGAGUUCCUCAGGCUUGUCUGCCAGCCUGACCAUGAGCGCAGGCCAAGCAGACGACAGCCCGCGUUCCCGAGGGACGUGGGGCCCGGCGGGGCCCGGCCCUCAGGAGCAGCUCCUCUCAUGAUGCUGGCGCCUGGGAGUGAGCACCAUGCCCAUCACCCAGGACAAUGCCGGGCUGCACCUGCCCCUGCUCUACCACUGGCUGCAGAACAGCCUGCGGGAGGGCGGGGAUGGCCCGGAGCAGCGCCUCUGCCAGGCGGCCAUCCAGAAACUGCAGGAGUACAUCAGGCUGAACUUCGCUGUGGACGAGAGCUCUGUGCAGCCCGACCGCAGCCCCCCUGGGAUGGAGAUCUGCACCGUGUACCUCACCAAGGAGCUGGGGGACGCGGAGACUGUGGGCCUCAGUUUUGGGAACAUCCCUGUGUUCGGGGACUAUGGGGAAAAGCGCAGAGGGGGUAAGAAGAGGAAGACCCACCAGGGCCCUGUGCUGGAUGUGGGCUGCAUCUGGGUGACGGAGCUGAGGAAGAACAGCCCGGCCGGGAAGAGUGGGAAGGUGCGCCUGCGGGACGAGAUCCUCUCCUUGAACGGGCAGCUGAUGGUUGGCGUUGAUGUCAGUGGGGCCAGUUACCUGGCCGAGCAGUGCUGGAAUGGCGGCUUCAUCUACCUGAUCAUGCUACGCCGCUUCAAGCACCAAGUCCAUUCUCCUUAUAACGGCAACAGUAGCAACAGCUCCGAACCAGGAGAGACACCUAGCUUGGAGCUGGGGGACCAAACGGUGAAAAAGGGGAAAAGAGCAAGAAAGUUUGGGGUCAUUGCCAGGUCUUCUACCCACAAAGCCACUGAAGAAUCCAAGAGCAGCUCUGGCUGUGAGUUGGACAACGACCCCGUGUCUGAGCUGGACAAUGGCCUAGACCCUGGACUGGGAAACGGUCAUGCUUUUGAGCUAGAAAAUGGCCCGGAUUUGCUCAAGGAGGUGGCUGGAUCCCAUCUAGAUAGAUCGGAAUUGGACAGAGGGACAGAGCCUAGAGUUCCAAAGACAGAUACCACUCUGCCCACAAGCAAUGACAAACGCCGCUUCUCAAAAUCUGGGAAGACGGACUUCCAAUCCAGCGACUGCCUGGCACGGGAGGAAGUUGGCCGGAUAUGGAAGAUGGAGCUGCUUAAAGAAUCGGAUGGGCUGGGAAUUCAGGUUAGUGGAGGCCGAGGAUCAAAGCGCUCACCUCACGCUAUCGUUGUCACCCAAGUGAAGGAAGGCGGUGCCGCUCACAGGGAUGGCAGACUGUCCUUAGGAGAUGAGCUGCUGGUAAUCAAUGGUCACUUACUAGUUGGGCUCUCCCACGAGGAAGCUGUGGCCAUUCUUCGCUCAGCCACUGGAGUGGUUCAGCUGGUGGUGGCCAGCAAGGAGAAUUCUGCCGAGGACCUCCUGAGGCUGACAUCUAAGAGUCUGCCUGACCUGACCAGCUCCACAGAGGACGUGUCCUCUUGGACUGACAACGAAGACCGGGAGCCAGACGAAGACGAAGGCACCGGUGCAUCUUCCGUCCAGAGAGCAGUAAGUGCGCCUGCGCUCUGCCGGGAUGCUCUGCCGGGACGACGUUCUGCCGAAGACGUGGGUACCAGGGCCAGAGAUAAAAGCUUGAGAUAG